AUGAAGGACGACUACAGGCCUGGCGAUCUCAUUAUUGGGGGGAAUUUGCUCCUGAAAAAGAUGUAUGAGGUUGGAGAGUUGAAAUUUGACCGUGAGCCAUCAAAGACGCCAACUACAAGCAGCGUUACAUUCAAGAAUUAUCAGCUGUUCUGGGCCUUGGGACUUGCAGUAACAAACAUCAACCAGGAUUUGGUUCUGCUGCCCAACAUUACACUCGGCUUCCAUAUUUAUGACAAUAUGGAGACUCUUGGGUUUGACUUCCUCAAGUUCACUCAGGCAGACAGAAUUGCUUUUCCUUCCUUUUUCCGGAUCAAUCCUGAUGAAUUUCCUCAGUAUGAGGGUUUAGUCCAGCUGCUCCUGCACUUCCAGUGGAACUGGGUCGGCCUUGUAGCCCCUCAAAUUGACGAUGGAGAACGUUUCACCUCAACUCUGAUGCCGAUGCUGAAGGAGGAGGAGAUCUGCCUGGCCUUCACCCAGCUGUUCAAAAAUGAACAUGCUUUAAGUGCAGCAAGGAAAUUGAUUAUUUCCAUUGCAACUUGGUUGAAAGCUGAAGUGAUUAUUUUGCUUGGAGAACCCAAAUCUAUUAAAACUAUAUAUACCUCUCUGGAGUAUUUUGGAAGACGCUCUAGGAUUCCAUUUAGAACUGUUUGGGUCCUGACUUCCCAUUGGGAAAUCAGUGCAUCUCCUAAGGCUUUGAAACUUCUAAAGCCCUUCCAUGGAGCUUUGCAUUUCAAGGACCACAGCCACGAUGUCCCAGAAUUCAGGGAAUUGCUCCUGUCUUCAGACCCCUUGAACCCCCAAGGAGACGUCUUUCUCCCUAUAUGGUGGGAAAGGCUCUUUCUCUGCAAGUUCCACAGACCAGGAGUGAUCCUUGCAAAGGGAGAAAGAGAAUGUACUGGAAAGGAGAGUUUGCAGAGUCUGCCUUCUUAUAUGUUUGAAGCAAGCAUGACAGGUGAAAGUCACAAUAUCUACACUGCCGUUUAUGCUGUGGCACACGCCCUGCACGACAUGCAACGAUCAGGAGGGAGAGCAGCCAUGAUGAGGCUUGGAAAGAGGAUCUCCCAUAUACAGUCAUGGCAGCUUCUUGCCUAUUUGAAGAAUGUCCGAUUUAAUGACAGUUUUGGAAAUGAAAUCACAAUAUCAGAAAAUGGGCUCGGAACAGUUCAGUAUGACCUUCUCAACUGGCUUUUCCUCCGCAAUCAGUCUUUUGUCCCUGUGAAAAUCGGACAAAAAAAUCCCAGGCUUCCCUCAGGCCAGGAUUUUACCAUCAACUCUGGUGCAAUCACCUGGGCCAGAAAGGCAGGAGAGAGAAAAAGUGUUCCAGAAGGCAAGGAGGUUUGCUGCUACCAAUGUGCCCCCUGUCCAGAAGGGACCAUUUCUAAUCAGACAGAUGCAGGUCGCUGUGACCCCUGCCCAGAAGACCAAUAUCCCAUCAAGGACAAGGACCAAUGCAUUGCCAAGAAGAUGCACUUCCUCUCCUAUCAAGAGACCCUGGGAUACACUUUAACUUCUCUGGCUCUCUUCCUUUCUCUGAUGACAUUAGCCAUAUUGGCAAUUUUCCUUAAGCAACGCGAUACGCCGAUUGUCAAGGCCAACAACCGAGAUCUCUCCUACAUCCUCCUGGUCUCCCUCCUACUCUGCUUCCUCUGCUCCUUCCUCUUCAUUGGUCGACCUGGGAAGCUCACCUGUCUCUUCCGACAAACCACCUUUGCCAUUCUCUUUUCCCUUGCAGUUUCCUCUGUCUUGGCAAAAACUCUCAUGGUGGUUCUGGCUUUCAUGGCUACCAAACCAGGGAACAAGACAAGGAAGCUCUUAGGAAAACCACUGACCAACUCCAUUGUCUUGGUCUGUCCUUUGAUACAAGGAAUUCUUUGUGUCACCUGGCUGAUAACCUCUCCCCCAUUUCCCAACUUGGACUUCCACUCCUUGGAAGGAGAGACCAUCUUGGAAUGUAAUGAAGGCUCAACUUCAAUGUUUUAUACUGUUCUUGCCUACCUGGGUUUCCUGGCUUUUAUCAGUUUCACGGUGGCCUUUCUGGCUAGGAAAUUGCCUGACAGCUUUAAUGAAGCCAAAUUCAUUUCUUUCAGCAUGUUGGUAUUUUGCAGUGUUUGGAUCAGUUUCCUCCCCACCUACCUGAGCACCAAAGGGAAGUCUAUGGUGGCCGUGGAGAUCUUCUCCAUCUUGGCUUCUGGGGCUGGUCUCUUGGCUUGCAUCUUUUUCCCCAAAUGCUUCAUUAUUCUAUUGAGACCCCAUUUGAAUUGUAGGGAAAAUAUGAUAAGGAACAAAAAUCUCUAA